CAUUUGAAUGCAUUAUGAUGAUCUGUGCUAUCAUCAUUUCCAUCAUUAUUAAGGCGUCCGCCCACAGCUGGGUAUUUAAUUUGAUAGGAGACAUCAGAAGCGGUCAUCCUAGGAUGGGCCCAAACGUGCACGGUAUUCCUGACCAUUAUUAUGCGCGCCCGGUGUGCCCGAAGUCAUCCCUAAGUCAGUGCCAGAAUCUGCCCCCGCCAUAUAAUGCUUUUGACGAAAGCUCUCUACGACCAUGCAGACGGGCUGGCUCGCUUGGUGCUUCCAAUACAAACGACCGUGCAGAAGUUACUCGAGGGCAAAAACUACAUAUCUCCUGGAUGGGUAACGGGCACACUAAUUCCGUCUCUGACGGGACAUGCAUCGUGUUCAAGAUGGCUCCAUACAGUUCUGAUCCUUCAUGGGAAGACUUCACCUCGCUAGAGGACUGCCUACCAUUUUAUAACAAACAUGUUACUAAGGACAUUACUUCUGCUGAUAUUAUCAUACCUUGUAACGUUGAGCCUGGGCCCUACACCAUCCUCUACAUGUGGUCCAAGUUCGCAGGCGUUCAUUACGCCACUUGUUCAGACAUUAUCGUACACUAGUCAUUGAUACAUGAUACCAUCACCAUUGCGCUUUCCUCACAGCUUUCCCUGUUGUCCAGAUGGUCAGUACUUUUCGUCCUAUUUUCCUUCCGAGAUAGGACUUUUUUACGUGGUAUUGGCAACGUCUGCAAGUGGGAUGGUGAUUAUCUGUAGGUUAAUGACAUAGUGUUAUGCAUGCAAUAGAUUCUUACUCCUUUGCUUGAUAGCAAGAUAGCUAUUGUUUAUCGAAUUAGAU